CCAGUCUGUCGACGCAGUUCUGAGGAGGGAGGAGACAAGGAGGAGUCAGCAGAGAGGUUAUAAAAGCACCUGAACCGUUGGUCUUUCACCACCUUCCACGCACUCACUAUCAGGCUAUCCCCCUCCCUUGACCGUCCUCUGCGGCUUGUGAAGCAGUGGGUCAAACAACGAACACUGGAGCUGUAAAAUUAACAACGGGGGCUCCCGUUUAAAGCGCAGCAGCAAGCUGACCAGCCAGCGCAGUGUGAUCACUUGCUACUCCCUCUGAAACGACUUUCUGUUUCGGAGAAGUACAAAUUGAUAUCCCAAAAACCGCUGCCGCCGCCGGACAUCCACCAAAAAAUCACCCCAAAGCAAAAUGGUGCAAAAUAAGAUCACCGAGGUCACUGGAUUCCACCGCUCGUUCAACGGCCAAAAUCCCUUUGAAUCUGACAACUUCAUUACAAAUGGAUCCCAUCUCAUUGAUUCAACAUUUAAUUUUGAUUCCUCCCAAAGACAUGACAUACCUUCCAGCCAGCCUAUUGACAUCCCAGAUGCCAAGAAGAGAAACAAGAAGAAAAAGCGUUGCCGGGCAACUGACAGUUUCUCUGGACGAUUCGAGGAUGUCUACAGACUGCAGGAAGAGGUACUAGGAGAGGGCGCUUAUGCCAGAGUGCAAACAUGCAUCAACCUCAUCACCAAUAAAGAGUAUGCUGUCAAGAUCAUUGAGAAAAGACCUGGUCACAGUCGCAGCCGUGUCUUCCGUGAGGUUGAGAUGCUCUAUCAAUGCCAGGGCCACAGUAACAUACUGGAGCUGGUGGAGUUCUUUGAAGAGGAAGACAAAUUCUACCUGGUGUUUGAAAAGCUUAGAGGAGGGUCUAUUUUGGCACAAAUUCACAAGAGACUGCACUUCAGUGAGCAGGAAGCCAGUGUUGUUGUGCAGGACAUUGCCAGCGCUCUAGAUUUUCUGCAUAACAAGGGAAUGGCACAUAGAGACCUGAAGCCUGAAAACAUUCUCUGUAAGAGUGCAGACAAGAUUUCCCCAGUCAAGAUCUGUGAUUUUGACUUGGGCAGUGGGAUCAAGCUAAACAGCGACAGCUCUCCGAUUUCCACUCCUGAGCUCCUCACUCCUUGUGGCUCAGCAGAGUACAUGGCACCUGAGGUGGUCGAGGCCUUCAGUGAGGAAGCCACAAUUUAUGACAAGCGCUGUGACCUGUGGAGCCUUGGCGUAAUCCUCUACAUCAUGCUGAGCGGCUACCCACCUUUUGUAGGCCGAUGUGGAGGUGACUGUGGCUGGGAAUUGGGGGAACCCUGCCACACCUGCCAAAACACUUUGUUUGAGAGUAUCCAGGAAGGAAAAUAUGAGUUUCCAGAGAAAGACUGGGCUCACAUCUCCUUAAGUGCCAAAGACCUAAUAUCCAAACUUCUGGUCCGGGACGCCAAAAGCCGCCUGAGUGCAAGCCAGGUGCUGCAGCACCCCUGGGUGCAGGGGGGUGCAUCAGACACUUUGCCAACAUCUAUCCUGCAUCAAAGAACCAGCAAUGCCAGGGAUCUGACAUUCUUUGCUGACAAGGCCAUGGCUGUCAACCGGCAGCUGGCCGAACAGGAUGGCAUGGAAGACCAGCAGCAACAGGAAGUCCCAUUUGUUGUUACCGCUACUGGCUCUUCUAUGCGCCUCACUCCUCCUUCCAACUCCAAGUUGGCCAGGCGCAGGCAGCAAAACAGCCAGCUCAAGGGAGGGCCCGUCUCUGCUGCAGAGCUUUGUCAGCUCUUGGCUCCUCUCGUUAUCGUGGGAGACUGUGCCUGAACUUUGUCAACCCUGACCUCCGACCUUCCGUUUAAAGUCCAGAUCUACUCUGAGACUCUUUCUUCACCAUUCUGGCCCCUCUCUCUGACUCUAACUGGCCUUGGUUCCUCUGCCAUUCAGGUGUUCUUGCCUCGCUGUAAAAGGAGAUGCUGCUUGCAGCCCUUCCUCCUAAAUGCCUUCUGCCCUUCUGCAGCACUUCUGAAGCACAUCAGCCCAGGGCCUGCAAAUAGAAAACACACAUGUGCAUGUACAGGUCGGAGAGAAGGUCCAGUUAAUGAUUUGGGAGAAAGAAGUGUUUUUUUUUUGUUUUUUUUUUCUCAUAAAUCUCAGUUCAGAAGAAAGCAGAACACUUAUCUUCGAUAAUUAAGCUCGGACACCAAAGGACAACCUGUUGUGCUGCUCCCACAUUGCAACUGGAUCCACUGUGAAUUAUUAAGUUACCUGGAAUGUUCUCUUUGCCUGUAUGUAUAAGCAUGAAUGGCCCAUCUGCAGAUACGUACAAGCUUAUGCAAUAUGUUGAAGGGAUUCGGUAUAAGGGGUUGGAAGGGCUGUAAGCCAAUGCUGGCAGUGCCUGGUGUGGUUCAUUAAUGUGGCUGUGGACUUCAAACAUUUUUUAUUUGUCUCCAUUUAAGAUAGAUUUCUGUCAAUGUCUGAGAUAAAACACACACUCAUCUAGCUUGUUGGCCAUGCACUUAAUGCUCAUGGAGCAAAGAAUGUUUCUGUUCCUAGCCAUGACUUACUGUUGUACCGAUUGUUUGGUUUAUUACACCAACAUUUAUACCAAAUUAUCAGUGGCAACACUUUCAGUGUUUGAGCCCGUCAGGCAAGUCUAAUAGUACUGAUAUAAACUAUAAUUGGUUUGAUGUAUGGCCCCCCAAAAUUAAAUUUCUGAGCUAGAUCUGCAGUAUAUCUGGUAUGUUGGUACAGUCUAAUUAUGUUAAAUGGUUAGGCAAGUGAAACAGUCAGUGUCAAUUUGAUUGUAAAGAAUUCAUGAAAUGUCCCCUUGCCACAACCGGAUCUUUUUUGUUACUUUUGUUUCUACAUAUGAAUGAAUGCAUUAUAUUGAACCUUGAAUUUUUUUGGCAGUAAAGGUUGGAACUCCUUUCAGGGGUUUGAAAAGCACAUUUUGGUAAAUGUGACCCGAGUGUCAUUUGUUGAUUGAAUACAUUAAGACCAUUCCCCCUAAAGGUUCACCAUUGUCUUGUUCUAUGAGACACCCACUUUCAAAAUAAUGACAGUACAAACUAAGAGAUGGUAUUUUUCCAAAAAGAAACAAAAUCACAAAAAGUCUUCCACGGACAUGUAGCUGUAUUAAGUUUACUUUAGUUUUUCAUGUUAAACUCCAUGUCAUUGUGCCACACUGAUUUCCCCCACCCCCUUUUUCGUGUAUGGCUGUUUAUAAGCUUUUAUUUUCUAUAUGGUAAUUUCCAUGCAGGUGCUGUUCAGUUCAGGUGAAACACCGGAUGUUUUCCUUGUUUUUGUUUUUAAAAGUUCAGCGUAUGAGGUGAGAUGGAAAGUUUGUUUAGGUGAUCUGGAGCGUUCAUGCCCAGUGAAAGCGAGCAUUAAGUUUUAAUUUUUUUGUGUAAGUUUUUAUUUUUUAAGAUUUAAGUUGAAGCUCAUUCUUAAACAGGUAAUGGACUGGUGAUGACAUCUCACAACACUGUAGCCAUUUCACCAAAAAGGGUCAAAGUCAUGACAUUGAACAUCUAUCACCUUAGACGUGAGGGAUUGUGAUUGUCCAUGCCCGGUUGCCAGCACUUCUGCAACAGUACUUUGGAAAUGGCUCUGUUGGUGUCAUUAUGCUGAUAAUGGGACACUGUAAUAGUUUAAAA